CGGUGCGUCACAAUAGUCACGAUUAGAGGCAGUAGUUUGGCAGUCACCAGUGGAAGCGCGCGGUGGUUCUUGUAAUACGCGACUCUCCUUGGUUAAUUCAGGAGUGGAAAAAUGGCGUAGUUAAGGUACAAAGUUAAUGCCGCGAUCGUAUCUCGAUUGUUUAAUUGAUCUUGAUUUGAAAUAAUUGUAGACGUUGUGCGGUCACUCAUUAGUAUCGAUAUUCGAUCAAUUAUAAUAAAUAACAAAAGUCUUCAAAUAUAAAUUGAAAUCUUAAAUUCGAAGUAGUGUGCGGAUGUAAACGCUGAGAGUGGAAUUGUGCAUUGUGCUUUGGUGACUCCCCGAUCGUGCAUCAAAUAAAAACGAGUUUAUUUCCGACAACGCUUGAGCCAACAAAUCGUUAAUAUUUUGUGAUCAUUUUGAAACAUCAAAACCAUCGAGGAUACACUUACGUCAGUAUGGAGAGAAGGACAUUUUCAUCGAAGAAAAGAGGAUUAUCGAGCUCGUGACAGCUUGACGAGCUGCUGCUGCUGCUGCUGCUGUUGCUGCUGUCUGCGAGCUGAUUCGCGACCAUUUGAAGAUGGCGCCAGUAUCGUUUUGACACUUGCCCAAGAUCUGUCAGCUGGAUUUUUAGAAAAGAAAAAGAACAGAAGAACAAACUAUUUAACACCAUACAAGUCGUUAUACAAUCAAGUUGGAGUCCUUUUAUUAUGAGCAGAGAAUUUUACGUUCCUUGUACACCAUACGCUUAUCAGGUAAGACAACUCGAAUCCCGGUUGCCUAAGCUGAUUUUAAUCCAGUGCGGCGGCGGCGGUGGCGGCGGUGGCAGCAGCAGCAGCGGUGCAGGUUCGACAGAGGGUGUGGUGGUGGUUAGCUGUAGCAGCGGUAGCAACGUCGUUGCUGGUGGUGGUGGUGGUGGUGGUGGUGGUGGUGUUGUUGUAAACAGCGGAAGAAACGAAUGCAACAACGUAGUAGUAAGUAGCGGUGUAAGUGGCAUGGAUUGCAUGCCCCACCGUCCAGGACCGUUCCAUUACCUGAUAAACGAGCAAGCAAAGUCCUUGGUAGCCCUGCAGGAGUUGCAGAAUGAGGUCGGCGCCCUUCUCGAGUUCCGGGACCUCGUCAUCGAGACGUUCCCAAACCUCCGGCACAAGAUGGCUGCGACGGCGUCGGCGGGUGCGUCCGUGAUGUCCUCCAGCCAAAAUUCCCAUAUACCAUUGCCUUUGUCGAGCCCAUCAUCGAGAAGGGUUAGCGAAUGGGAACCGGGAAAGGUUAGAAGACGAGUAGUAACGAGGGAACAACCAGUCGAGUCUUCCUCUUCGUCGUUACCAAGAAGUCGUAGCAAUUCUCAGAGCGGUGGGACCAAAAACAACUGUAGUGCCACCGUUCAGGAUUCCGGCUUCAGUACGGAGACCUCGUCGAAGGACAGUGCCUCUACGGCGAUAGCCCCAAGACCUAGCAGUCCUCGGCCUGCUGGUGUAUUGGACGAGGCCGAAGAUGAACUCUGGAAUCUUCUCGAUGUCAUACAUCGGAAGGGUAUAAGGCUUCGAGAGGAAGUCGAGUGUCUCCAAGGUCGUCUCGAGAGCGUCACCACUGAAGAUCUUGCCUCUGGCGACGAUGUCUUGGAAGCCGUUAGAAAGGUAACCCAUCUUGAUAGCACCGAACACCAAACCGAUCUUCAACUUCACAAGAGUAAUGGCAGAGAGUCCCAAGUGAGAAUUUUGAGAAGAGAAAAGGAACAAUUGUUGGAUAAGGUAGCUGAAUUAGAAGCUGAGACUAUAUCGAGUCGUGCCCGUGCACAGGAAUUACAAACGGAAUUGGCUGCAUUAUCAGCAUUGAAGACUGGUCUCGAGGAUAGAUUGAAGGCGGAGUUGAACGAUUCAGAUCUUUUGUCUCCGGGUGCUCAGAGAUUGCAACCAAUCGCUCCGGUUGGAGCAAUUGUGUCCACACCUAAAAGUGCUACUGUUAGUAACAUCAAAAGCAAAUCUUCGGCUUUCGCAUCGGUUUCGAAAAAUCACAAGAGUCGUUUUCGGACAAGGACCAUAGAAAAGAACGUUCUGUUGGAUGCGGUAGCUCACGUGGACAACGAACGCCGUGAAUUCGAUAUCGAAGCUAGCGUGAUCGAAAGAAGAGCCAGGUUGGGAGCUUUGGAUUCCGUCCUAGUUUCACCUACGAGAGUGACCCACGUGAAGGAUGUAGAUUCUGGUAAAAUUGCGGCUAUCCUUCGCGAAAGUUCACCUCUCGAAUUGCAACGGCACCUAAUCACAACCACCGUCCAUAAUCAAGUGUUGCAAAAGAGGUUGGACGAGGUACAAAAGAGUACAGAAACUCUUUCGGAAAGAUUGGAUAAGGCUCGUGAGGAGAACGACGAUCUCCGAUUCCAAUUAGAAGAAAGAAACAUCGAAUUGGAGGGUACGCGUGCUCGCGUGCGGGUCCUAGAACGUCUUCAGCAACGAGCUCCGACGGAAGCAGAACCCGAAGCUGAAAACGAGCAACCGCGAUGCGAACAAAGUGGUCUGGAGCCAGGUAGUAGUACGGAGUCAGCACGAGAUCAUCAUCAAGCAGUCGAAGUGAAACCAUCGCCACGUCGGCGACCUAGUCGUAUACCUUUACCGGGUUCAACGGGUAAACCGACGGCACCGAGACCACCGAGUCAUGGUAGAAACGACAGCAGAGAGUCUCUCAAGUCUUUGACGAGGUUACCGAGAGAUUCUAGUCGCGACAGUCAUUGUGGCAAAUCCUUAUCGAAGACUCGAGACACGAGCAGGGAGUCAUUAGGCAACAACACCAACAACAACAAGAGUUUAUCAAAGAGUGCAACCAACAGUAACAACAGCAACGUCAACGGCAAGGAGACCAGCAGGGAUUCCCUGAAUAGGUCCUUGCCCCGUAACAAUUCCAGCCGAGACUCCUUAAACAAAUCCUCCUCGCUGUCCCGCGCGCGAGACUCGUUGGAGUCUAGCAAUGUCGGGACUAACCCGUCCCCGGGCACGACUCCUCCUAGACGACCGCCCGCUCCUGCGCGUCGUUCCCACAGCCUGGCUCGCGCAGCGUCGUCCGUUGAUACCGACAAUGGCAAGGUACGACCCGUCAAGCAAUUCUUUUGGAGCAGCUGGCUCAAGUCGCCAUUGUCCAACGGACCGACAUAUACCGAACCACCAAGUUCCUGGUGCUCAACCAACAGCAACAGCAGCAGUAAGAGUUUUCGGCAUAGCGAUUCAUCUUUGUAUCCAGAUUCAUUAAAUCAAGAAACUUCGUCGGUUACUGGUUCAACUCGGGUCGAAUUUAUACUUGGAUCGUCCACUCGAUGUUUUAGGCCUAAUUCGACCUGGCCACAUCGAUACUUUGACAGCAUCGACUCUGCUGACAUGAUACCCGAGAGUCUCUUAACCGAUGAGUUUCCAUUACGUUGUGGUGAAGCUAUGGCCGAACGUGAUUCGGACUUUAGCGUUUUUAUGCAUAUAAUGAAAGCAGCCACGGCCACCGGUAUCCUCUUCCUGCCUAAUGCUUUUCGUAGAACUGGCUACGUGAUGUCCAUCAUUUGUGGUCUUCUUAUUGGUUUGAUUUACACGCACAAUUCGGUCGUUCUGGUGCAGUGCGCCCAAGUACUUUGCCGACGUCAUCGUUUACCCAAGUUGGAUUUUGCUGAAACCGUGGAGGUCUCAUUUCUUAUGGGUCCCGAGAGAAUGCGUAGGCAUGGUAAAACCUUCGCUGUGUUCACGAACGUUGUCGUCUGUUUCAUACAGUAUAAAACAGUCGUGAUAUACAUACUAUACGUUGGCAGUUCCUUUCAACAGGUGAUUGAAUUUUGGACAAAAGUUACAUUGGACGUACGAAUAUACGUGAUAAUAUUUUGUCCAAUUUAUUGUUUGAUCAUUCUUGUGCCUAAUCUCAAAUACCUGACUCCAUUAUCCCUGAUCGGUACGAUCUUCUUCAUCUUGGGUAUUGGAAUCAGUUUAUUUUAUUUUAUCGAUGAUUUUCCAAACCCUAAACGACUCGAUCCAUUUACGAGUGCCCAUUCGGUGCCAAUGUUUUCCAGUAUUUUCCUUUUCGCAUUACACAACAUUACGAUAUUCCUACCGUUGGAAAAUACAAUGGAGAAUCCAAGAAACAUGCCAAGAUUAAUAAUCAUCGCUACGAUAUUGAACACAGUACUUUAUGUUACCUUUGGAUUCUUAGGUUACAAUAAAUACAAGGAAAGCUGCGACACCGUCAUCAAGAAUUUACCACUCGACGAAAUAUUGGCAGAAAUAACAAAGAUUGGUAUUUCAAUCAGCGUACUAUUAUCGAUCGGUAUAACAUAUAUCAUACCAGUUAGCAUAAUUUGGCCAAUUAUUAUGGACAUGACUAGUCUCGAAGAUCGUCAUGAAAUUAUUUUUCGUUUGGCUGGUAUCUUAAUUGCAACAUUUUUAGCAAUCGCAGUACCAAAAAUGAUUCCAUUGAGUAGCCUUCUAGCAGCUAUUGGUAUGACAAGUUCUAUGUUGUUUAUUCCAAUCUUAGUUGAGAUCAAUACCAAAUGGCAGGAAGCAACGUACAUUUUAUAUUUCAAGAUCGGAUUUAUUUUCAUCAUUUUCCUCCUUAUUUUGAUAUUUGGAGCCAUGGGAAGUGUUCAUACAAUGUUAAUGGCGUACAGUGACACGAAAGAAGAGGGUUGCUGACAAUGUUCCCAGACGAAUAAAUAUUUCAAUCUAUCGUUUGCUAUCAAUCGAUAAAAAAAAAAGAGAAAUGAAAAGAGAGAGUAUGUUAUGAUCAUAUGCUUACCAUGAUUGCAUAAGAAAUGAACCAAAAAGACGUGAUUGGUCGCGCCUCUUUGAAAUCGAGUGCAUGUGAAUGCAACGGAGACCAACAGAUGCACCAACA